CCAAUUUUCACAACAAAGAACAAAGAGUUUCCCGAACUAAAAGUUCCUCUCACACCAAACCUAACCCACCCAAUCAUACAUUUGUCAAAAUUGUCACUCCAAAGGAAAAAAAAAAAUUCGCAAUCUGAGAUGCUUCAGUUCACCUGCACGGCGGUUCCAGCUAUGCCAAUGACGGCAUCACCUCCCAAUCUACUUAAACGGCCGGUGAUGUUCCCUCCUUAUUCGUCAAGGCGAUCCCUUAAUUUACCUCUCCGGAGCUCAAAAACCAUCAAACCCCUCGCAAUUCUCGAUCUCAAUGGCGGCAAAGGAAUGAGCGGGUUCCACGAAAUGGAGCUCAAAGUUCGUGAUUACGAAUUGGAUCAGUUUGGUGUUGUCAACAAUGCUGUCUACGCUAACUACUGCCAACACGCCCGACACGAGUUUCUGGAGAGUAUCGGUAUCAACUGUGAUGAAGUUGCACGUUCUGGCCAAGCCUUAGCGCUUUCUGAGUUGGCUAUUAAGUUCCUUGCUCCUUUACGCAGCGGAGACAGGUUUGUGGUGAAAGCGAGGGUGUCGGGGUUAUCUGCUGCGCGUAUUUACUUUGAGCAUUUCAUCUUCAAACUUCCAAAUCUAGAGCCUGUAUUAGAGGCAACAGGUGUAGCUGUGUGGCUUGACAACAAUUACCGUCCUGUUCGUAUCCCUCCUCACAUCCGCUCUAAAUUUGUUCUGUUCCAACGGCAAGAAGACGCUGUCUGAUUUCUGCCACCCCCACAUUCUCAUCAUGAUCUUACUGUAUUCCAAUGAGCCCAGUUAAUGUUAUUGAAUGUGCCCCUAAUCCUAUAUAUGAAAAUAUAAAUGUAUAUUUCCUGAGCUGCAUACUUGGAUGUGAAAGAAAAAAAAUAUGCAACC